GUCUACGUCGCCGGCCCUGCAAACCCUGGAAAGCUCGCCGUGAUCUGCGUCUUUGACAUCUUUGGCUUCAAGCCGCAGACCCAGCAGGGUGCGGACAUCCUUGCCGAAGAGCUGGGGGCUCAAGUAUACAUGCCCGACUUCUUCGAGGGCGACGAGCCCUGGACUCUGGACAAGUUCCCGCCGACUAAGCCGGAGGACCAGCAGAAGUUCCAGGAAUGGUUCGCCGGUUUCGCGAACCCCGCCAACCAUGUCCCGCGCGUCAUCAAGGUUGCUGAGACUUUGAAGAGCGAGGGUGUCCAGUUCAUCGUUACCUACGGCUUCUGCUGGGGUGGCAAAGUUGCGCUCAGCGCCGCGACACAGCCCGGAGGCUUGAUCGAAGCGGUCUCAUGCAUUCAUCCUGCCAUGCUCUCGGCCGCCGACUACGAGAAUCUCAAUGUCCCGGUCGGUUUAUUCAUCAGCAAUGAUGAGCCGACGGAGGAAUUCGAGAAGAUUCAGAGCAUCUUAGCCAAGAAACCUUUCGCUGACAAGAACUCAUUCAAGCACUUUGACUCUUUCCACGGCUUCGCUGCUGCGCGUGCGAACCUCGAUGACGCUGAUAACAAGGCUAAAUACGAGUCGCUGUACAAGAAGCUUUUGCACUUCACGAAGAAGGCCAGCGGUCAAGAAUGAGCAGUGACGCUGUAGUCUUUGUUUUGCCACACCGACUGCGACAUGCAAAUCAAGCUACGAAGGAAUCACAUUGUACAGAACAAAUGCUUAGGCAAGCAGAAACAUCUAAGAUGCACAAAUACCCAGGCAAAUUGAUGGAUUGAGACCUCAAUGCCUACUUGAGACUUGAUAUGAAACGGCUGUGCGAGGGAGCAGGCAGGUACUGCAACGCGUAUCUUCGAAAAUGA